AUGGCAGACGACUCUCAGAGAGCUGAUGGUGAAUUGCACAACUUUUCAUCGCACCGCUAUUCAGUAUCUCUCGCUACUAACGAGGCUGUCGACGAACAAAUUUUCAAGCAAAGAAGAGGAGUUCAUCGCUCCAGUCACUCAACCCGGACUUUUAUCGAUGUCAGUGGGCAUUCCGAACACAACCGAUCGCACCUCUUGUGGUGGCGGCAGCAACGAAAGUACUACGAUCCAACUCAAUGGUCGAACGAGCAAAUACAGCUGUUCAACCGGGUAAUUAGGAGGAAAUCAUCUGACGUCAGUCGGUGGAGAAACGAGCCUGCAGUUUUUCUUCGCAAAGUUUGGAACAUGCAGAAUUUGAUGGAAAGUCAAGAAAGGCCGUCGUCUGAUUUUGCUACUCUUGCUCAACCAUCAGACGGAGAGUUGAAACCACACCUUCGACGAUCAAAACUCAAAUGGGAUGCGCCGAUAAAUCUAAGAGGGAGCGAGAUCCUUGCUUGCCCAGACACAGGAUCUGAACAAAACAUUCUCUCAAACGACAUUGCGGGUGAGCUUGGGGUCCUGGAUCAGAUUGAUCCAAGUCGAUCAUGCAAAUUCAUCCUCGCCAACGGCAAGGCGAGCUGGUCGUUAGGCACUAUCGAGCUAGAAAUGUGCUUCUCCAAACAGCCAGAGAUAUUGUUUACGUGCAUAUUCCACGUCUUUGAGAGUCUCAUCCGCCCCGUCAUAUUGGGCGGAGUUUUUCUCAGAAAUUCCGAUACUCUCACCAAACACAGGCAUAGUCGCCUCCGUCGAAGAUUUGAGCCGAUAUCUGGGUAUCCCACAGUCUUACAUAUCGGAUACGCCAGGGAGAGGUUCAGAUGCUAUGUGGAUUCUGUUAUGGUGGAUACACAUGCUGACACGGGGUCGGAGAUGGAUCUAGUAUCGAGCAAGUUUGUUCAAAAGUCUACACAGAGAGCUAAAGCUCUUGAAACACCAAUGGCUGUCCAAUUUGCUGACGGAACUUUUGGUGAGAUAUCCCAUCAUAUCUUCACAAGAUUCUCUGCCGAUCUUGAGCGUCCCAAGUCUGAGUGGGAAGGUAAAUGGUUCUACGUCCUGGACGAUCUUCCUUGUGAGGUUCUCCUUGGAGAUGAUACAUUGGACAUGCUAGACGCUUUCAAUCGGGAAACUUCCUUCGUAAUGGAAGUCCUUGAUCCGGAAGGGAUCCAGCUGUGUACAAUAUUCUGGGCACAUCACCUGGACCAGAAGGCUUCGAAGCUAUGGAAUAAAUUUUCAGUCUUGGACCUGGAAAAACAUAAGAGGAGUGCUGAUGAUUCAGUUCAUCAGGAUCAAGAACCAUCCGUCGCCUUCGAUGAUCCAUUACUGGCCAAUGUGGACGCAGAAUUUCGCAACUGGGUAAACGACAUGAUCUCCGGGGGGAAAGGUCUGACAAGCGCAUUGCAGCCGAAAGACCGCAUUGAUAUGCAGCUUCUUGAUGCCCUGGACAGUUGGGAAUCGAACCGACGGAGCAAGCUCGCAAGCACGCCAAGCUACUCGGAAGACUCCAUAGAAACAGAUCGUCGAAAAAGCUACGAUGCGUCUCGGGGAAUAGUCCUCCAUGCACUUAGUCGCAUUCAAGCGAGACCUGUGGCCGCGGACAGCAUCAGAUGUACAAACACAGACCGUAGCGCAGCGCCAGUUGCGACUCAAGAAUUGCUAGCUAACCAGAUCGAUCUAUCUCACUCCAACCCUAGAAGAAAGCGACGCUUUUUGCCACUGGACAUGCUGCCCUGGGCUACGCCUCGGAGGAUAGGGAACUACAAUGACGUUUAG